ACUUGUUUUCUUGGUGAACGUUUGCUUUCGUUUUCCCCCCCCCGCCCCCCAGCAGAACAGACUUUGUGGCACCGUCGGCAGGCUGGGGACUGAAGGGCAAUGGCAGAUGAGCUGCUGCUGAGCGUGCGGACAGCCUUUGUGGAGCGUGUGAGCAAGCCAGUGAUCUCUGGGCUGCUGGAUGAGCUGCUGGCCCAAGGGGUGCUGAGCCUUGACGAGGUGGACGAGGUGCAGGAUAGAUACACGGUGCGCACCGACAAAGCCCGCUGCCUCAUCGACAGCGUGCGCCUGAAGGGCCCCAGGGCCAGCCAGAUCUUCAUCGACAGCUUCAGGAGGCGCGAUGGCACCUUGGCAAAGCAGCUGGGCCUGCAUGCUGAACCAGGGUCCCCUGGUGCACAGCUGGUCUCCCCCAACACUGAGGCCUCCUGCUCUGGGCCCCCCGUCAGCAUCCAGGGCCAGCAGUGGAUCCAGCAGUGCUCCCUGAGCGAGUACCAGCGCAUCAGGGACACAGAGGGAGACCAGAUCUACCCCAUCCACCUGCCACGGGAGAUGCGAACCCGUAGGGCCCUGCUCAUCUGCAACAUCGAAUUUGAGCACUUGAGCCGUCGGAAUGGGGCUGAAGUGGAUGUGGAGGGGAUGACGAAGCUGCUGGAAGGGCUGGGCUACGUGGUGGACAUCCACCGCAACUUAACUUCCCAGGGGAUGGCUGAGGUCAUGAAGGAUUUUGCAGAUCGCAAAGAGCACUGGACUUCGGACAGCACCUUCCUGGUCUUCAUGUCCCACGGGGUCAGGGCUGGGCUCUGCGGGACCAAGAGCAGAGACAAGACCACAGACAUCCUUUCCCUCGGCACCAUCUACAAGGAAUUUGACAACAAGCACUGCCAGGCGCUACUGGGCAAACCCAAAGUGGUCAUUAUCCAGUCCUGCCGUGGAGGCACCAUAGGGUCCGUGAUGGUGAGCGACUCUGCAGACCCUGCCAUGCCUGCUCCCAGCUCGGCUCACAUGAUCCCUGCAGGGCUGGAAGAUGACGCAAUCUGUGAAGUCCACCUGGAGAGUGAUUUUGCCACUUUACAUUCCUCCACGCCUGACACUGUCUCCUGGAGAAGCCCAGUAGAAGGCUGCCUUUUCAUCCAGCGCCUGAUAGAGCAGUUUCGAAACCACGCCUGUGACAGCCACUUACAAGAGAUCUUCCGAAAGGUCCAGUAUUCCUUUGCAAAAUUCCCUCGGCAGUUGCCAUCACAAGAACGGACUACGAUGCUCAGGAAGUUCUACCUCUUCCCAGGCCACUGAUCUCCUGCCCAUGGUAACCCAGCAGAAAGCUCAAGCUCAAGGCAAAUGCAGCCCUGCUCCAGAGAUGCACUUCUUCGGAAAAGAGGAAAAGCCAAGAACAGCUCUGCAGAAACACAGUGAAUCUCCAAACCAGCUACGUGUGCCCCCUCUGCUAAGCGAUUACAAGCAGACCUGGAAUAAAAUAGCCCUUGGUCUCCUG